CCUUUUUACCUAUAUGUUAUUAAGUUGACCCAAUACGUGUUCUAAUUAUCAAGGAGACAUCAACUUGAUCAAGGUCAUUUCACAAAGGUCAUUUUAAACUCACUUGACCUUGGUGUGACUUUACUCAUCACUUAACCUCGGUGUGACCCAUCAAGUCAUCCUGACUGUCAAGUGACUUCCUGAUUAGGUUCCAAGGUCACCUUGGGUAACUUAUUUGACCUUGGUGUGACCUUACUCAUCACUUGACCUUGGUGUGACCUUGGUGUGACCCUAUGACGUCAUCCUGACUGUAAGUGACUGUUCCCUGUCCUACAUACUACUCAGUUUAGAACAUCCACAUUUAUCGUUCCUAUAUUUUUGGAUUGCUUAAAAAUAACUAUUGAUACAACUGAGUUGCCACGAUCGCGUUAUUUUAAGUAUUGAAUCAUAUUUUGUUCAUUAUUAUUAUGACUACCUGUAGAAUAAAUUUGUCUAAUAAAAAUUGCUUUUUGUAGACCAAGUUAUUCUCCAUUCGACCCUUAUUUUGCCUUGAUAGGGGAUGAUGCCACGGACUCAAGCAACAUUGAAAUUUUAGAGCCGAGCAUCGAUCCAGGGUUGCUGAACAUCAACACCAAUGGAACGCAGAUUCUCCAAGAAGAAGGGGAUGGGGAAAAAAAGGAAACCGAGUAUGUUGAGGAAAUUGCUAAGGGAAAAUAACAACUCUUAUUACCCGGUAACACCUCAAAGUACAAGGGAGGUUUGUCCACCAACCUCAACGAUAACUGCCCCCAGAGUAACUUCAGUUAGAGGGGAGCUGAGUUCCCUGACAACCCCCAUUAAAGGAGAGGUGCACAUCUUCAGAUGGUGUUCAACAUAUGUACAAAUUUACAAACUGUUCCAUGCAGUAAUAAAAAAUUCUAUAGGGGGGACAAAGUUGCGUCUACAGACAGACAGACAGACCGACAGACGGACAGGGUGAAGCCAAUAUACCCCCCUAAACUUCGUUUGCGGGGGUAUAAUUAAAAGGGAGUUUGUUGAAACUACACCAACUAUGACUGGGCCAAUGGCAACACCGACUACAGAGAAUGAUUUCGUGGAAACAUUUAG